AUGUUCACCAACGAUGCUUUGAUUGAAAAGGUUGAUGAAAUGAAUAAUCUGGCAACCACCACCUCUGACACCGGGGGUUGCCUCUUCAAAGGAAUUAAGUUUCUUGGCCAUGCCCUUUUCCAGCAAGGAGGGGAAAGUGCAAAAACAAUUCUCACAAAUGGCAACAAUGAUUUACUGCCAAAAGAAGAAACUAAAGAAGAGGAGUCGUCUGCAUCAGACAGAGAAUUCAUAAAAGUUGAGAAGGAACUAUUGGUAGAUGUAAAAGAAAGCUCUUACCUACCCAAGGUGGAAUUGGAAGAAUCCAAACUCCCUGCAAGCAAUGAAGCAGGGAAGUCAGAACCAACUGUAGAUUCUCUAAAACUGGUAAAGGAGAUUGACGAACUUAAGCUUCAACUUGCCACUGUUCUUGGGAAAUUAAAUGGUUCAGAAACUGAAAAGACCUCAAUAAAAUCCAAGCUUGAUCUUGCAUAUGAAGAGCUAGAGAAAUUGAACAAGCACUGUAAAGAACUUGAACUUGACCAAAAGUUGAUGAAAGAUCAGAUCGUAGGAGCUGAACUGAAGUAUAAUUUGCAGCUGGAAUCCCUUCAGGAAGCUCUAAAAGCUACAGAUAUGAAGCAUAAGGAACUUGUUGAUGUAAAGGAAUCAUUCACUGGUUUGUCCACUGAACUUGAGAGUUCAAAAAAUAGGAUAAAGGCCCUUGAAGUGGAGUUAUUGUCCUCUUCUAGUGAGCUGCUUAAGCUUGAAGAAGCAAGCAAACAAGCAGAGUUAGAAUCAGGAAAAGUGAAUGACUUGGAGAAGACGUUGGAGCUGACACAUGUGACUACAAAGGAU